CUAUUUUUAUUGAAAAUUGACGUGAGAAAAAAUUUAUAGAAAAAGUUAACCUAAAAAUCCAUUUGCACAUAUUUCGUUCGAUUCGCGAUCUCGAAAUCUCGAAUAUGUCGGUAAUAGAAGCGAGCUAGCAGAAAUGCGUGACACAUACAUUCGAACGAGCGUAAAGCGUGUCAUCAAUUAGAAUUCUUAAUUCUUUUCGUCUCCAGUAAUGUAAUUCGUUGCACGAACACGAGAGCUCUCGGCAGAUGAAGUGUCCUCGUAAAAGGGCUUGAAAGCAAGAGAAACACACAGUUCUCUACACAUAUAUGUGUGCGAUAGACGUACAUAACUAUCUUGGUCAUCUACUAUCGUGCCAUCAAAAUAAACGCAAGUUUAUAUAGUUUCGAAAUAGCGAAACUACUAACGCUUCGACAUACAUCGGAUAAUAUAUAUAUUUAUCGUUCAAUUUUUAUAUAUUUUUCCCGAUUUAAAAUCUAUUAAAAUUUUAUUCGAUAUAGAGAAACAAAUCACAUUAUGAUACAUACAUGCAUGAUGAAUUUCGUUAACACUCAUUUGUUAUUUGCUGAAAUGAUGAAUAAAUCAAUAGACAAUGCCAAUAAUAAUAGAUGUUAUUAACGGGAUAGGAAAAGUUUCGUCACUUGUGAACCGUAUAGAAUUGGAAAACCGAUAUUCAGCAGCAUCGUUAAAGCAAACGGUUAGUCGAAGUCGAGAAGUAUUUAGUGAGCACCACUGCAAAGACUGGACUCGACCGCGUCGAACAGCACGAAGCGUGGAGUCUCUUAGCGAAGGGCAGAGGAAUUGGCGAACCGGCGUACAUUCUCCGUGUGCGUGCGCCUGUUUCGUAGUACGCGCCACGGCCGCGUUCGCAUAGGGGUGCGCUCGCUUCUCCCUCCAGGUGUCCCAACCUAACCUACCCCUACUUCGCAGUGUAUCCCUUGGUUCGGCCAAUCCCCCCUCCCUCCCCCGACAUUAUACUCGUCGUCGGUCCGUGCGGUCGGUUCUCCAUGCUAGAAAUCCCUUCGCCUAUCCCCUCCACCUUCGACGAUUCCCCCACCAACAAAUCGAGGAGGCGAGCGCACAGCUGCCACACUGUGAAGUGCGAGGACUGGAGAGACGCGCAGCGACGCCGUUAUCGUCUGGCCGGUCGUUUGGACUAACCUACAAAACUGUCGAGGAAAGAAGAAAGGGGGAGAAACAGUGAGAGAGAAAGAAGGAGAGUGCAUGAGAGAGGGAGACAGAGUAGCCGGCGUGCGUUUCUCGUGUUUUCCGGUCUCGCGGUGACUCGCGUCCUAUCAAUCGUGGGUGCUGUUACCGCGUCAAAGCCGGUCUUGACUGGCAACUCGUCGUUGCUGUCAUCACGGCGUUCCUUUCUUUCGUCCCUCCGUUUGCGGAGGCAACGCUAGUCGAAUACCGACAUAACAGUCCCUUUGUCUCGAACGCUUGGCAGUUGGCUGGUGUGCGGUUUCGCGAAGAUUAGCCGGUCGUGGUUGUUUUGGCGGUACCGAGUGGGAACUCGUACGAUCGUGUAUAGUCGUGGUUAUAUUAUAUUUGUAUCGUCACGACCUUGAACUUGUGUGCCUACAUCAAAUCGUGUGCUUGUGUGUGUUUCGUUUAACUUGUGACAUCGAAACAUAGUGCAAAAAAGAAGGUAGAAGAAAAGGAACUAAGGAGAUACUGGUUGAGAACCAAACGACGAGGAUCCUGGAAGUGACCGCGUCCAAGAAUGUUUCCUUACACGACUUUUCCGGCAGUAGGGCUUUCCACGACUCUUCUCGGAGAAGAGGAUCAGAGGAAAGAGGGGAAAAUGAGUUAGAGAGACAAAGGCGCAGAGCAACAACGAGCCGGGCUACACACGAGACCGAGCACGAGCCUUUUCACCCGAGAACCCCUGUUCCGUCUCUCUUUUUUUCAAGGAUGCAGGUACGAAUCCUGGUCGCCGGUCCUGGUGAACCGACGUUGGACCACCAGGUGCGAGCACGAACAACGGAGCGACGGUGACCGGGACCCGGUAUAUUGUCUCUCCGCCGGCAUGGAGGCGGCGAACGGUGCGAUCGAGCACGACUUUCACAAUGCUCUGGUGCCUAUAAACGGUAGCCAUUCCGGCAGCUCCGGGAGGAGUACACCGAAUGGCGGCGACCCAGCACCCGGCAAACUGUUCGUGGGUGGCUUGUCCUGGCAGACCAGUAGCGAGAAACUCAGGGAGUACUUCGGCAUGUUCGGUACCGUCACCGAUGUCCUGAUCAUGAAGGAUCCGGUUACACAGAUAUCGACGAUUCCAAACCGUGAAGGGAUCGAGACACGGCACGAUACAGCAAGAGUACGCAGGGCGGCGAACGCGAAGAACGCCAAGAACGACGGAUUAAUUAGUUUAGUUCGAUGCCUAGAUGAGUUGCCAAUAAAGUAGUUCGUUUCAAACUUGUA